AAGCUCCAUCUCAAACUAAACUUCACCUUCUCCCCACACACACAAAAGUCCAGAAGAAUGCUUGCUGGAGAGCUUUAGAAUUCUGGGAAAGUUUUGAUUUUGAGAUAAACCCAUGAAUCGGUUAAGUUCUCUGAUCAUCUUGGUUCUUCUCCACUUCAUUUUCUUUCAUGUCAAAGCACAAUCUUCCAUUGGCCAAGGAGAUCCGAAUUCACAAAAUUUUCAACCAAGUGUUGGGAUUGUCAUAGCAAUCCUGUCGCUGAUGUUUUCAGUAACAUUACUUCUUCUUGUGUAUGCAAAAUUCUGUCAUAGGCCAGGGCCUGCAGCUCAUCAUGGGGAUCUUCCACAGAACUUUGCAUUUAUUAGAUCGAGCUCUCGAUUUUCCGGGAUAGAUAAGACGGUGAUCGAAUCGCUUCCCUUUUUCAGAUUCUCUUCCCUCAAGGGAUCAAAGGAAGGACUUGAAUGUGCAGUCUGUCUAUCCAAAUUUGAAGAUAUUGAAAUGCUGCGGCUGCUGCCAAAGUGCAAACAUGCCUUUCACAUUGCCUGCAUCGACAGUUGGCUUGAAAAGCACGCCAGCUGUCCUAUUUGCAGGCACAGGGUAAGCCCUGAGGAUCCAACAAUUUUCACAUACACACAUAGUAUGAGAUUGAUGAACCAAUCGGAGCUGCAGGGGGAGGAAGCCAACAUAGGCCUCUUUGUGCAGAGAGAAGAAGAAGAUCAUCAUCGGGGGUCUUCAAGAUUUAGUAUUGGAAGCAGCUUUCGAAAAGCUGAAAAGGGUAAUAACAAGGAAGAGAUAUCCUUAAUCCAAGAAGAAGCAGAGGAGCAGAAAGUCUUGCAUAAGCACAAACACAAGAUUGUUGUAUCCGACUUUGUCUUCAAGAACAGGUGGAGCAGUGUGAGCUCUUCUGACCUGAUGUUCUUGAAUUCAGAGAUGCUUACUUCUUUGUCAAGCAACAGAUUCUCUUGUUUGGAUUCGAAUACCCAGCAGUCCACAUCUUCAGGAGCUGCAGAAAAUGCACAGAUUGUGAAGAUUAAGGAGGAGAUGGAGAUGAAGAGAUCGUUUGAGAGCAAAGUUAGUGCACUCAAUAAAACCAGUCCAGUUUCAUUUCCAGACCUUCCUUCUACAUCAAGCUAUAUGAGUCCAGGGGAGAGAAGAUCAAUGUCAGAAAUUACUGCUCUGUCAAGAUAUGAAGAUUCAGGCAUGAAGAACAGAAUUGGAGAGACUUCUUUGCUGGGAAACACUGCGAAAGAGGAAAGACUCAGGCGGCUUUGGUUGCCGAUUGCCAAAAGAACAGUUCAAUGGUAUGCCAAUAGAGACAGAAGAUCCCAACAGCCUCAGAAAACACAACAUGAAUUAGAUGUAUAGUCUAUAUCAGAUCGAUACCUCUUCAUGUAUGUUCUUCUUUUGAAUUUUGCUGACAUUUACUGAGAUAGAAGUCAGCUAGAAUUCAUGGAUACAAUAUCAUGAUGUGAUUUUAGGUACUACUUAUGAAAAAAUGUUAA